CCUCCGGAAAGGCUGUUUGCAGUGAGAGCGGUCAAAUUAUGGCAGGACGUACACUUUGAGUGACAUUGGACACACGAUCUUGACAUAUUUCCAACGUAUUUAUUGGAACAAGAGGAAGGCUGAAGUGUCAUUUGGAGAGCAAAAGAACUAGCCGAGCAUGACGGCACACACUGCGUCAUAGGACUCCAGCGCUGAAGGCGUGGAAGGAGUGACCAGGAAAAGGAAGAAGAGCGAGAAAGAGAUUGUGCCCUUUUUUUUCUUCUUUUUAGCAUCAGAGGUGAUGGGUGAGACGGAAGAUGAGCGUACGGCGCAGGCCGGCGUUCUCUUUGAGAACUUUGUCCAGGCGUCCACCUGCAAAGGCACUCUGCAGGCCUUCAGCAUCCUCUGCAGGCAGCUGGACCUGGACCCUCUGGACUACAGCAACUUCUAUGGCUCGCUGAAAGCGGCGAUCAGCAGCUGGAAGGUGAAGGCCCUGUGGACCAAACUGGACAAAAGAGCGCAGCACAAGGUCUACAACCAGAAUAAAGCCUGCCAGGGCACCAGGUGCCUGGUCAUCGGUGGCGGCCCUUGCGGCCUGCGGGCGGCCAUCGAGCUGGCCCUGUUGGGCUGUAAGGUGGUGGUGAUCGAGAAGAGGGACACCUUCUCCAGGAACAACGUGCUCCACCUCUGGCCCUUCACCAUCCACGACCUCCGGGGCCUCGGAGCCAAGAAGUUCUACGGCAAGUUCUGCGCGGGCACCAUCGACCACAUCAGUAUCCGCCACCUCCAGCUGAUGCUACUGAAAGUGAGUCUGAUUCUGGGAGUGGAAGUCCACGUCAACGUGGAGUUUGUGAAACUGGCGGAGCCACCGGCAGACCAGACUGACAGCAGUCCUGGGUGGCGAGCGGAAGUCCGGCCCCCCGGGCAUCCCGUCGGCGACUUGGAUUUAGACGUGGUGAUUGGAGCGGACGGACGCAAAAACACACUGGACGGUUUCGGCCACAAAGAGUUCCGAGGGAAGUUGGCCAUCGCCAUCACGGCUAACUUCGUCAACAGGAACACCACAGCGGAGGCCAAAGUGGAGGAGAUCAGUGGCGUGGCCUUCAUCUUCAACCAGAAGUUCUUUCUGGAACUCAAGGAGGAGACGGGAAUCGACUUGGAGAACAUAGUUUACUACAAAGACAACACCCACUACUUCGUCAUGACGGCGAAGAAGCUGAGUCUGCUGGACAAAGGCGUCAUCAUAAAUGACUACAUAGAAACGGAGCGACUGCUGAGCCCCGGCAACGUAAACCAGGAGGCCCUGCGCUCGUACGCCCGUGAGGCGGCCGAUUUCGGCACCAACUACCAGCUGCCGUCCCUGGACUACGCCAUCAACCACUACGGGCAUCCGGACGUGGCCAUGUUCGACUUCACCAGCAUGUACGCCUCGGAGAACGCCGCCUUGAUCCGGGAGAAACACGGACACCAGCUGCUGGUCGCGCUGGUGGGCGAUAGUCUGCUUGAGCCUUUCUGGCCCAUGGGUACAGGUUGUGCUCGGGGUUUUCUUGCAGCCUUCGACAGUGCUUGGAUGGUGAGGGGUUGGGCACAGGGCAGGAGCCCUCUGGAGGUACUAGCUGAGAGGGAGAGUGUCUACCGGCUGCUGCCUCAGACCACCACAGAGAACAUCAGCAAAAACUUUGAACAGUACGCCAUUGACCCCGCCACCCGCUACCCCAACCUCAACUCCAGCUGUGUUCGGCCAAACCAGGUGCGUCACCUGUUCAUUGAUGGCCAUCAGGACUCGUGUCGCCUGGAGAGAGGAGGACACACACGGAGAUCCGUGAACUUGUCCAGAAGAGACUCGGAGGUGCGUCCCGGCCGGCUGCUGACCUGGUGUCAGAAGCAGACUCAGGGCUACAGAGGGGUGGACGUCACCAACCUCACGUCCUCCUGGAGGAACGGCCUGGCCCUCUGCGCCCUCAUCCACCGCCAGAGGCCCGAGCUCAUCGACUACGACUCUCUGAACGAGGAGGACGUGGCGGGGAACAACCAGCUGGCGUUUGACCUGGCCGAGCGGGAGUUUGGCAUCCAGCCGGUGACGAGGGGGAAGGAGAUGGCCGCGGAGGCCGAGCCGGACAAGCUGCUGAUGGUUCUCUACCUCUCCAAGUUCUUCGAGGCCUUCAGGAACUCCCCAGGAAACAACAACAACAACGGUUCGAGAGAACCAGAUGAGAACAGCGAGGGGCAUCCAGUUAAGACCCACCACAAACCGCUGAACCCGCCUCAGCCCAAGAAGAGGACGCCCAGGGAUGACAACACGGCGGAGGACGAUUCCAUCAACAAGAGGCGGCGAAAGGGCAACCACUAUCUCACAGAGUUGUCCUGUCACAGUGCGCCCCCCGCUGGCGAGGACGGGGAGCUGCGAGAGAACAAGGUGCGCUCCAUGGCAACGCAGCUGCUGGCCAAGUUUGAGGAGAACUCCUCGACUGGGAAGAUGCGCAGCAAGUCUGAUGACCUAUACAAUCCCUCCUCCUCUCCUCCUCUCUCUGGGGAGGAGGAAGAGGAACUGGAACCGGACGGGAGGGACAACCCACGUUUUGCAAAGCCCAAGAAUGUCCCCCCUCCUCCUCCUCUGCCUCCCACACGCCCCAAGUGGCAGCCCUCCGUCUACCUCCGGCUGCUGGAGAACCCCAGUGCCGUGGUUCAGCAGGCCACUUCCCCCCGCUCCCUCAAACCCUCUCGCCCUCCGAGUCGCUCUCCUUCCCCCUCGCGGCCUAAGAGUGCGUUAAGUCCCCCUCGCACACCGAGCCCUAACGUUACUGAGUGCUACUACCCAGAACGCACCUCUCCCGACGUGACGGCCGGCCGUGUCUCUGCUUCAGACCGUGACCGUUCCUCCGAGAGCUCGACGCAGCAGAGCAAAGCCCAGAGAGCCUCCACUAAAGAAUACUCUGCUCGGAGUAUAAAAGAGCGAGCGGUCCUCCUCUCCUCCCUGUUUCCCGGGUCCAGCAGACCUCCUCCUGCUCCUCUCCCUGAAUCCCAGUCGAGACGUUCUACCUCUUCAGCGCUUUCCUUCUCCCCAACUUCUCCUCCUCCUUCUGCCUUUGUAUCCAAGAGCUCCAUCGUCCACCCGGUCCCUGACCCCACUGCCCAGGCCGGUUUCUCCCCUGCCCCCCUGUACACUGCUGGACACCAGGACAAGACACAGAAAGACCCCUUUGCUCCCUCGGCUUACGCCGACUCUGUUGUUGAUCCCUCCACAUUCAACAGGAAAACUGGCUUUGUCGAGAGCCAGGAGAUCUCCUCUCCCGUCUCUGACAUUAACUGUGAAAAUGAACACAGCAGGUCAUCUCCCCAUGCACUGUCUGUACCGCACAAGGAAAGCUAUGAGAGGGUUCAUGAGGGUUCUCUACAAAGGGAGCAGGAGAAGGUCCCCAAAAUCACUCAAGAGACAUUUGAGAAAAUAGUCAAAAACGAUCACAUGGAGUGCAAUGGGAGCUGCGCUCUUGAGAACCCUGGAAGAAUCACUCAAAAGUCAAUUGUUCGCUCUGAGAGUUGUCCGGCUGGAGCUGCGAGUUACAUUAAGGAGCGUACAGUCGGAAAGGUAUCAUCCGCCAUAGAUGCUAAGGCUCAGAAAUUGGCCGUCCUGUAUGAGACGGACCACAGGCCCAAUGCCACACCGAGUGUGGUACGCAAGGACUUCCCUCCGGGGCUCGGCGGCAGCGACACCUGCCACUUCUGCACCAAGCGGGUGUACGUGAUGGAGAGACUGAGCGCCGAGGGCUACUUCUUCCACCGCGAGUGUUUCCGCUGUGACGUCUGCAACAGCACCCUCCGUCUGGGAGGGCACAUCUUCGACUCGCAGGAGGCAAAGUUCUACUGCAAGCUGCAUUAUGCCCAGCGCCAGACCAGCACUCACAUGGGGAGGUUCAGAAGGAGAAUGGAAGACCAACGGUGCGCCACGCCCUCGUCAGCGGACACCGGGGGCUUCUCGGCGUCGGGCGGCGUCCAGCUCCAACCCCCAGGCGCCGUGGCGUCCAGCUUGCAUUCGGAGCAGCUCGACAAAGGUCAGGGAGGAAUUCCCGAAGACACGGAGAUGGCUGUGGAAGCGCUGGAUGCCGUCUGUAUGGUCACGCCCACAACCCAGGAUCCAACCGGGGCCUUGGGCCAGAGCCCGGAGGGUACCGAAGAUCACUGUAACACUAAGCAGAAUAACCGAUGGAGACGGAAGAUCAGAGCGACGUUCCCUCUGAUCUUCGUCAAGCACUUCCAGAGAAGCUGUCCUCAGGGCAAAGGGGGGCCGGAGACCGUCCCCGAGGUGGACUCCGACUUUGAGGAGGUCCCUUCAGCAGAAAAACAAACUAACUCCGACGGCAGUUCAAUGACAUCCGCAGGUACCCAGAAUCCCUCAGAGGGAAGUGAGAGGAGAGAAGAGCAGCCGGCGAAGGCGAUGCAGACGGCCCGCCACUCGUCCACCCCAAAGAAGCGCUUGAUGCUAUCGCUCUCUGAGAAAGAGAAGCUCCUGAGCUGGGACACGCUGGGCACAGCGGAGGAAGCUCCGAUUAACACCAACAACGCACAUCAACAACAAAUUCAGGUACAAGCAGAGGCAGCAGCAGAUAAGCUUCAGACGGACUUGGGCCAGAGCGUGGAACCGUCCCCGAGCCAAACCACCGCCUCGUCCCCCUCAGCCCUCCAGCUCAUAGCGGACGCCUUCAGGAGGAGAUUUAGUGUGACCGACCCCUCCAGCAGGUCCAACACUGCAGUCCCAAUGAUGGACGAGCGAGACGUCCCCCGCAAACGGAGGCCCAUGUCAGAAGGAGCGUUGACCUUUAGCUCCCACUUCAGCGCCGCGGGUCCAGAGCCACCCAGACAUGAGAAGAGGGCCGGCAAGUCCGAAGCCCGCUGGGCGUCUUUCAGGGCCAAUCCGUGGGGGGCCGGGCGGGACCUGCCCUCUCUGUUGCAGCAGGUGUCUCUGAAGGGCCGCAGAGACUCCGGAGGGGUGUUCUCCGACGACAUGGCCUCACUGCCCAGCAGGAGGGUCAACCUGUUCUCAUCCCUGAGGCUGAGGAAGAGGGAGGAGUCAGAGGGUGAGGGGCAGGACCAGGAGGCGCAAAAAGAGAUCAGGACGAUACUCAGCAACCUCCGAAACAAAGCCUCCAGAGCACAGCAUUUUGACGAGCCCACCUCUAGUGACGAUGAAAACCCGACCCCCAAUCAGAAGCUGGGUCCAGAGAGACGGAGGAGGAAGCAGGAGAAGACGGUGGCCCAGCAGGCCAAAAGAGAACAGCUGAAGAGGCUCCACAGAGCUCAGGCCAUCCAGAGACAACUGGAGGAGGUCGCAGAGAAACAGAGCGAUCUAGAGGAGAAAGGAGUGACCAUAGAGAAGAUCAUAAGAGGAGAAACGGAACCGUCUCAGGUGGACGACAGUGAUGAGGCCCAGCUCUACCAGUCCUGGUUUAGACUCGUCCUGGAGAAGAACAGAUUGGCGCGCUACGAGUCAGAGCUCGUGAUCUUUGCCCAGGAACUUGAGCUGGAGGACACGCAGAGCCGACUGCAGCGAGAUCUACGACACAGGAUGGCAACAGAAGACAACAAAAAGAGCACCUCCGAGCUGCAGGAGGAGCAGGUGAUCCUGACGGAGAUCAUGAGGACGGUGGAGAGACGCGACGCCCUGGUGUCCGUACUGGAGGAGCAGCGGCUGGAGGAGAGGGCCGAAGACCGGGACCUGGAGAGCCUCGUGCUGUCCAGGGGCUACGAGUUCCACUGGGCCCCGGCGGAUGACGGCUGGGGGCGGGAGAAGCCAGAGAGUGACUGAUGAAUGCUGAGCGGUAAAAGGGGUAGAGAAGUACCGCGGUAUGCUGAGCUCAGGGACUGAGGCAGAAUGUAAAGGAGCGGCUAGUGACAUCUCUAUUUGACCUCUGAAGUGCUUCUCAUAAUGUGGCCGACUGCGCUGUAACGUUUUUCGGCCUCGUAAACCAAACGGACUGUACAGCCUCACCGGAUAGCACUUGGAACGACUCGACACUUUCCCUGAAGUUUUUUGCACAGAGUGGUUUGUUUGAAACUUGUGUCAUGAAAUCCAGAAUUAUUUGCGUUAUGUCAUGCACUUUUUGUCACUUUGUACCUAUGUGUGUGUGUGUCUUUAAUGUUAUAUUUUCCACUUUGUGCCAGAACACUUUAAAAAUAAAAUGCAAUUGUACUUCCACCCAGACAUCAUUGAACACAGGAGAAUCCUAACUGCCACAUAUUUGUGGCCAGCUGGUAGGAUGCACCUCUGCCAGGUGGCUGGAAACUUUUACCCUUUUCUUUUACUCCAUUGUGACACAAGUUGCCACAUAAUUCCAAACUGAUCCAAGGGACCGAAAACUUCAUUUGCACAUGUUGAAAUGUUUGCGCAUGUUGCACAUCUGGUUAUGUCACACUUUCAUAGAGGGCUCAAGGAAUGAGUCUCCAACCGUGGCGUAGUUCGUUUAUAGCUGUUAGCGUUAGCUUCUGGCGAUUUGCGGUCUCGCCUCAAAAAUCCCAGAAGUGGUGUUCAUUUGUGGAGAUUGUCUUGCAGAACAGAACUUGUAAGUAUCAUACAUAUUUGUUUGCCAUAGAGCUUAUUUUCUACAAUAAUCCAAUUGAAAAAUCCUGUUGGCCUUUUUGUGGAGGGAACCAGUGAGAUUUUUAACCCGGAAGUUAGUGUUGCACUGGUUCCCUGCACAUAAAGCGGUCGCAACCAGGCUGUAAAGGCGGACUAGUCUGUGUGAUGACGUUCUGUAGUUCUAUUUAGCCACUUUUUAGCAACCGCCCUUUUUUUACAAUGCGUAACCACUUAAAAGAUCACAAAAGGGGUGAAAAAACUGAUGUAUUUAAUAUCAUAUAAAAUAACUUUAAAUCGAUUUAAGCUGAUGUUACCUUAUUUUUUGGGUAUCUAACCAAAAUUGGCUUUGAGGCAAGGUAACCAGAAGUGCAAAAAUGCUGACAAGUCAAGGCAAACCACUUUGGGGCGUGGCCAGAGAUGUGACGUAUUGAUGCUCUUCAUUAUUGUGAAACUAACUACUGUCAGUUAAACUGAGUUUUUUAACCCUAGUGUUUGGGCUGUGAGUCAAGAAUGAAUAAUGUUUUUACAUGAGGAUAAAUAAGUUGUGUUUAACAACUGUAUGUUUGUAUACAUUUCGAUUUUAUGCUGCUUUAAGUUGUUUUAAAUGGAGAAAAAAAUUUAAUAUUUAAUAAAAGAUUAGUCCAUAUACAUCUUUGAGUCGUGCUGUAAUGCUC